AAAAAAUUUAAAAAUCAAAUUCAGUCAUAAAUUUCUACCAAAAUGCAUUCUGCGACAUGUCUUUGCUACAAAAAAAACCCAAUACGUGUAAAUUAAUUGGUUUACGUGAAAGUUAUAGCGUUUACAAUGUGAGCAGGGGCGGACUGACCAUUUCGAAACUCAGGCACUGCCCGAGGGCCCGGGGUCAGUAGGGGGCCCCAUGAGAUGCCCUUGGUACCUUUUUCAUAGGCUUUUUUGAGUUUCUGCAAGGACACAGGGGCCCCAUGAUCCCCUAUUACCCGGGGGCCCCAU